AUGGACUAUAGUUGGAAAUUUGAUAAUCAUGAAUUAUACCUUAUAAAUAUAUUAUGAUUAUUUGUUAUAAUUAGCUAUAUAAAUUUAUUUUCUGUCAGACCUAUCAAUAAUGUGGCUUAUUUUAAUAAAUAUUUAGCCAUGCUUAAUUCAACAACCAUAACAGGAUUAUUGAUUUUUACUACAGUUAGCUAUGCCGGAUACAAGCUCUAUAAAAAAGCAUGGGGAAAUCCUCCUUUGAACAAAUACGACGAUAAAGAUCAGAUUGCUUCAAUUCCUGGGCAUUGCUUAUUCUGUAAAAUCAUUCACACUAAUAAAGAGCCGUUUUACCGAGAUGAUAAGGUUGUAGCAUUUUACGAUAAAUACCCAAUUGGAAGAAUUCAUAUACAAAUAGUUCCUUUGAGGCAUAUUAAAAAUGUUUGGCAUCUAAAGAGGUCAGAUAUUGAACUUAUCGAGCACAUGCGUCAAGUUGGCGAAAGAUUGCUAACCUUAGCCAUUUUUUUAAUUUAAAAUUUUAAAUUAAAAUAAGGAAUACUUCAUUGGGUACUUUAUUAAUAAAUAGAAGUAAGGAAUAUAGAUCCUAAUGGAGAAUAUGUAUUCGGGUUUCAUCAUCCUUUAUGCAACAGCAUUCCUCAUCUCCACAUGCACGCAAUUGUGCUACCUUUAAAAAGCUGGAGUGGCAAAGUUGAAAUAAGUAAGCCAAUAUUUAUUACCCCCGAAAAAGUAAUAGCCAAACUGGCUCCAAAAGAAAAAAUUAAUUAA